CGGACAAGUAACUUAGUCUCAGUUCUUGAUUACAAAUCACGACGACACUUCACAUUCACUUUGUAGUUUCAACCUCUUGGAAUGGAAUCUAUGCUGUUGCUAGUACUUCAGCCAUGUCGCAAAUUGUUCUCUUUGACCUCCCUUCAAAAGAUCGAUGUGCCUGCUGGUCUUACAACCCGUGGAAAACCCGAUUGUCCCUAAAUUUCAAAAAUCUAGACUACGAAACAGAAUGGAUCGAAUAUCCGGAUAUAGCCCCAAAAUUUAAGUCCUUCGGCAUUCCAGAAAACAAAUCCGGGACAAAGUAUACAAUUCCUGCAGUGCGCCUUACAGAUGGAACAUACCUGAUGGACUCCCUUCCAAUUGCGAAGGCUCUCGAGAAGGAAUAUCCCACGCCAUCGUUGCAUCUCGAUUGGGAGACUUUGCCGAAGGUAUUCGAGAAAACGACGCAAAUUUUGGACAUCACCACACCCUGGUGGAAAGCUAAGAUUCCGCGAAAUGUCCUCUUGCCACGAUCGGCCGAGUACUUUUCACGCACUCGGGCUGAGAGACAUGGCAUGCCUCUGGAGCAGCUUGAGAGCGAUUUUGCAACCGAGCAGGUCUGGUCGCAAGUAAAGCCUGUCGCUGAGCAGCUUGGUGCGAUUCUGAAAGCCAGUGGAGGCCCGUACUACAUGGGAUCAUAUCCGUCCUAUGCUGAUUUCGUUACCGUUGGUGCCCUCCAGUGCUUAAAAAGGGCUGAUGAAAUUGUAUUUCAGAAGCUUGUUGGCCUUGAACCAGAGUUGCUGAAGCUUUAUGACGCGUGCCGGGAAUGGCUGGAAAGGGACGAUCAUUAAGUUAGCCAUAACUCUAGUUGCUCUAACUACUCAUGUAAGUUGUCUUCGAGAAUAUCAAAGCAUAAGCUGAAAAAGGUAACCUCACCUUUGAUAUUUCCGCGUCAAAGCAUCUCGUUGUCAGCAAUUGUCCUUGUGAUUGUACCCUGUCCUCUCUCACUCUCCCUCCCUUUCCCUCCCUCUCGUGAACAUGGGCGCUGAAAGGCAAAGCCGAGUCUAGAUCUAGCAACAAUCUGUACCGAUUUCAAUAUUCUAAGGCAUAAAUUGAGCAUUUUGAAACAUCGUAGAUACAAUACCUACUAUCAAUACAGAGCACUUAUUGCAUCUCAUGAUUAAUGAAUGCAGAACCCUGCUCAGGGGAAUUUCAUGACUCUUUUUUCAUGUAUAAGAGCUUCGAACGAGAUUCGGAGGCCAUCACCUAAGCAAAAUUCUCAUGAAGAGAGGGUCUUGUUCAUGACUGGAUAUCUUGAUCAAAAAAUGUCUAGGUGUUUGACCGGCUACGUUGAGCAAAAACUGGCUCAACUCUGCAAGGUGAAGAGACUCCCAGUCAACGAGGAUAGAUCACGGCCUUGGCAAUUCGGCGAGUCAAACGUAUUCCCAAAAAAAAUCGAUUAGAGCAAGGUGGGAAUCAUUGAAGUUCUUAGUAACCUUUCACGUCAUUACAUAUCAAAUACUAGCGUCGUG